UUCAAAUAAGGAGUGAAGACUGCAGAGAAAGCGUGAGGAGAGAAAAUUCUGAUCAAAACAAGAGGAAAAUAACAAGUACAGGGGGAAAAGAAGGACCAAUCAAAUGACAUACUGGUCUUGGAAGAGUAGAACUGGAGGACCCAAAUCUCUUGGACAGGAGAUGUGUGAAAAAGGAUCUCCACCUCUGAGAUUAAAGGAGUGGCUCAUACUUCAGAUAAACAGUGGCAAAUAUCCUGGACUGCGGUGGGAAGAUGAAGAGAAGACAAUGUUCAGAAUCCCAUGGAAGCAUGCGUCCAAACAGAACUACAGCAAGCAGGAAGAUGCAGCCUUAUUCAAGGCCUGGACAAUGUAUAAGGGAAAAUUUCGAGAGGGGUCUAUAAAGGAAGAUGCCUCUGUGUGGAAGACACGACUCCGAUGUGCUCUUAACAAGAGUCCAGACUUUGAGGAGAUCAUGGAGAACUGUGAAGACCAAGGCGAACCCUACAAGCGCUAUAGAAUUGUGUCCGAACCCCGUGAGAGAACCGAUGAAGGCAACAGAGAAGCAUCUAAGAACCCCCAAACAGAAGGCGCUUCAAGGCCCACAGAAGAACCACAGACAGUUUUGAUGGAGAAUACGAAGAUAGAAGGUCUACCCGACAUACAAAACCAAUUACUGGGGUCAAGGAGCCCAAUGGAAAUAGGAUGUCUUACCGAACCAGUCACCUGGAGGAAUCAUCAGAUCCAUCCUAAAGUAACAGAUUUGGCUGAGGAAGCUGCUGUUAUCCCACCAUCACCUUCAUCAUCAUCAUCAUCAUCAUCAUCAUCAUCAGACUUCUGGCUUCAUGUGCGCCUAUACUAUCAGGACAAUCUAGUAACUGAAGUCACCACAAAGACAGCUGAAGGAUGUCACAUUGUCCCGCUAUCAUCAUCCCAAAGUGAAUACAGCCUCGGCCCACCCAUCCCACUGGAGAUAAUCGCACUUCCAUCCCCUGAGGAUCUACCAGGCUUUCUUUCUCCAGAUAUGCAUAUAGUUCUCAAAAAGCUAUUAAUGCAUCUGGACAAAGGAGUUUUACUGUGGGUGGCACCUGAAGGUGUUUUUGUAAAGCGGCAAUGCCAGGUCCGUGUCUACUGGAGUGGUCCACUAGCUGUGCACACUGACCAGCCUAACAAAUUGGAGAGACAUAAGACCUGCAAGGUGUUGGACACUGAGCUUUUCAUGAAUGAGCUUGAGAUGUAUGUGAUGCGCAGUGGCCCAGAGCCCAAUUAUCAGAUCCAACUCUGUUUUGGAGAGGAGUUUCCAGAUUCAACCAUGAACGCUAAAAAACUAAUAACUGCACAUGUGGAGCCAGUGUUUGCUCGGGAGCGACUUGUGAAGGUAAAUAGUUUACAGAAGAGAUGACUAACCGCCCAAGCCAUUGGUUUCUCUAUUCUGCAUUGCUCACAUAUCAGUUAUACGAUCUCUGCAGUUUUGACCCUAUGUAUGUUUGUAAGUUGUAUUCUGACUGGACUUCUGAACCUGCAUACUUCCUUGUCUUACAUGAUCCCUUGACCCUAUAGAUUGUAAGCUUGUGAGCAGGAGCCUGCUACCUAUGUGUCGCUUGGUUAAAACCAAGCUUUGUUUUACUAAUGUCUUUUCAAAUGUAAAUACAAGCACAUAUGUGUAUCUGGAAUAUACACCUCAGAUAUAAACAAAUGUACACCUGCAGAGUAUUCUGGCGCUAUAUCAAUAAACGGUAAUGAUAAUACAGUAACUACCUGUACAUAUACUUUUCUGACUGUUAACCCUGAAACGUUGUAAAUUCUAUUCUGAUUCUUUCCCUUGUACAUGUGUACGUUCUGUUCUGACUGUCCCCACUACUACAUGUGUAUUUUCUAUUCUGACUGUUCCUGUGCAUAUUCUAUUCUGACUGUCCCCACUAUAUAUAUGUACAUUCUAUUGUGUCUGUUCCUUCUGUACCUGUGUAUAUUCUGUUGUGACUGUUCCUCGUGUACCUGUGCAUAUUUUGUUCAGACUGUCCCCACUGUACAUGUGUACAUUCUAUUGUGACUGUUCCUCCUGUACCUGUGCAUAUUCUAUUCAGACUGUCUCCACUGUACAUACUGUAUGUACAUUCUAUUGUGACUGUUCCUCCUGUACCUGUGCAUAUUCUAUUCAGAC